AUAAUAGUAAUAAUAGUUUGGAAGUCAGAACGGGGGAGCCAUUCUCACAUCGUGCACGCACAUAUACACACACACCCACACCUCCCCUUGAUUCUCAUCUCCCAACUAAUUAUCCCCUGAUGUAAUGCCGAUUAAUUAGGGUUUCAUAAUUCCCCCUUUUUCCCUUUAUCAUAUCAAUAUCAUUAUUAUUUGUCUUCAAUUCCGAUUCCAUCCAUGGGCCUAAAAAACCUAUUUCACCGGAAAAAGAAAUCCGACACGAUUCCGGCCGCCGCCACCAGUCCGUCACCGACGCCGUCACGAACAUCCACCUCACGCGCACAGAUCGAAGAAGAACUCAAGCAAGUUUUCAAAAAAUUCGACGGUAACGGCGACGGAAAGAUCUCGUGGUCGGAGCUCGGAUCGAUUAUGGGAAGCUUAGGUCACCGGCCAAGCGACGACGAAUUAGAAAACAUGAUUAAAGAAGUGGAUUCAGACGGUGAUGGAUUUAUUGAUUUAAAUGAGUUUAUUGAAUUGAAUACAAGAGAUAUUGAUACUGCAGAGGUGUUAGAGAAUUUAAAAGAGGCUUUUUCGGUUUUCGAUAUCGAUAAAAACGGAUUGAUUUCGGCAGAAGAGUUGCAGAAAGUGUUGGGGAGUUUAGAGGAAAAUUGUACGAUUGAUGAGUGUAGGAAAAUGAUUUCGGGUGUUGAUGUUAAUGGCGAUGGGAUGAUUAGUUUUGAUGAGUUUAGAGUUAUGAUGGUUAAUGGUAUUACUACUACUACAAACAACUUUGAUAAUAUUGGGGGGAUUUAAACCGUUACUGAUUAAUCGAUAAUGAGUCAGUUAUCCAUUUGAUCAACGAUCGAUUAUGAUGAAAAUGAUGAUGAUAAUGAUAUGCGUUAUUGUUAUUAUUAUUUUUAUGAAGUAAUUUGUUAUUAUGGUUAUUACUAUUAGUUUUUGAAUUUUGAAAUUUGUUUUGUUAUUGAAAUGUUAAUGACAAAUCAUGAUGGUUGAUGAUUA